AUGGAAGCGAGCCUGUUGCGCCAGUGCCCGCUGCUUCUGCCUCAGAACCGGGCGAAAACCGUGUACGAAGGAUUCAUUUCAGUUCAGGGACGAGAUUUUCACCUUAGAAUAGAGUUGCCUGAAGAUUUACAAAUGAAGAAUGCAAGAUUAUUAUGUAGUUGGCAACUGAAAACAAUACUUAAUGGAUACCAUCAAAUAGUACAACAGAGAAUGCAGCACUCUCCUGAUCUAAUGAGCUUUCUGAUGGAGUUGAAGAUGGUUUUGGAGACUGGGAGUGAUUCAGCUGGAAUUUCUAUGAAAGUAAUGGACACUUUGGAAGUUGCUUUAAAGAAGAAACAGGAGUUGUGUCCACCACCUCCUCCUCCCCAGUUCUACUCAAGCCUUAUUGAAGAGAUAGGAAUUCUUGGUUGGGACAAACUUGUAUUUGUGGAUACUUGUCUCAGUACCAUCAAGUUAAAAGCUGAAGAUGCUUCUGGUAGAAAGCAUUUAAUUACUCUCAAGUUGAAGGCAAAGUACCCUGCAGAAUCACCAGAUUGUUUUGUGGAUUUUCCUGUUCCAUUUUCUGUUUCUUGGACACCACAGGUCACUGAUCAACCCCAAAUAGGUGUUAGAAUUGCAGUUCUACCUAUAACUGUGCCAUUAAGUGCAGGUUUGGUGAUGUAUCCUUGCCAUUGCAGUUGGAAUUUUCAGAUUUGGUAUGAUACAAGCUCUUUAAUAAGCAUUUACGGUCAGUUUUUGGCAGCCUUAGAAUCACUGAAAGCAUUCUGGGAUGUUACGGAUGAAAUCGACGAGAAGACUUGGGUACUGGAGCCAGAAAAACCUACACGGAGUGCAACAGCACGCAGGAUUGCACUGGGGAAUAAUGCUUCAAUACAUAUAGAGGUUGACCCCAAGCAUCCUACUAUGCUUCCUGAGUGCUGCUUUCUUGGAGCUGACCAUGUGGUAAAACCUCUUGGAAUUAAGCUGAGCAGGAACAUACAUUUGUGGGAUCCAGAAAAUAGUCUGUUACAAAAUUUGAAAGAUGUUUUAGAAAUAGAUUUUCCAGCUCGCACUAACCUGGAAAAAUCUGAUUUUUCUAUGGAUUGUGGCAUUUGUUAUUCAUAUCAACUUGAUGGUGCCAUUCCUGAUCAAGUGUGUGAUAAUCCUCAAUGUGCACAGCCUUUCCAUCAAAUAUGCUUAUAUGAGUGGUUGAGAGGACUGUUGACUAGUAGACAGAGUUUUAACAUCAUAUUUGGUGAAUGCCCAUAUUGCAGUAAGCCAAUUACCUUGAAAAUGUCUGGGAGGAAAUCCUAAAAUAAGAAUGUAACAUUUCUGUGAAGAACUGGCAGCCUUAAGAAUUAUCAAAAGGAUUUUAUUUG